CGCCACACCACACCACCAAUUCCGGGCUUACUUUCCGGGCGUUUGAGUUCGGAACAUGGUGUCUCCGCACACCCAUGCCAAGGCCUUGGCUUGCAAGGCCGCCAAGGCUGCCACGUCGGGCGGCACGGCGCAGGGGGCUUUUGCAAUGAAGGAGUUGGCCAAGCUGGCCGAGAGCUUUCAGCAUGAAGAGCUCCAGGUCACUGUGGCUGAAAUGACCUUGCAAGGCCUUCAGACCUGUGAACUGCACGCCAAGACCUGCGUGAAGUCCCUGGUCGACGCCAUCAGUCCUGAGAAUACUCAGCUGGCACAAGAUGCAGCUUGGGCUUUGUCUCAGCUCAUGCAAAAGGUGGCUUCUGCUACCCGGUGGGCCUUGGAAGUGGGUGGCCUGCAGAGGGUCCAGGGAUGCUUGCGCAGCGCCAGCCAGGGAGAGGACUUGGAUUCCUUCGCCUGGCUGGUGCACUACAUGGGCGGCUUAUCUUCGAUCCUGGAGCUCCUGAAGGAUCCUGCGGGCUCCUCGAACGUGGCAAGCCUUGUUUGGAUGAUCGCCGAUCAACGCAGCUGGGUGGACCAACAUGGCGAAGAGGCGCCUGAGGUGUCGGAGCUCUUGAAGUUGCUGGUGCAGCAUUUGCUCUUCGCCUGGCAACGCCAAAACGAGGAAGUGGUGCAUGCGACGGUGACGGUCCUGGAGAAGAUAGCCACUGAGCUCCCCAGUGUCGCCAGCCAACUCGCAGGAGAAAACUGUGGGUCUCUCUUUGCGGAGAUCAUGAAGGAGCUGGCCGCAGACAGCAGCACUCGCUGCCGCAGCACCAGCGCCAAGUGCUGCCGUCUUUUGUCAAGCUUAGCCUCCUGCAGGUGCAAUGCGCCCAGCCUCCUUGGGAAAGGAGUUCAAGAAGCGAUCCUCACUGCCGCGCAACACGAAGGUCCCUUGGGCGAGGCGGCCUGUGGGGCUCUGCCGUUCAUCUUGGAACAUCAAGGCCUCGCCGAAGUCUUGCAGAGCUUGGCCGAAGCUGAGGUGCACCUGAGCUCGGCCCCGCGCCUGCGGCACUUCCUUGGAAGCUUGGUGUCGCUCUUCGACGACGGCCACGACUCCCUGCUUGAAGCGAUGCCGAAGCUCAUGAGCCUCUUGCUUCAUCUGCGUUCCCAGCUUCAACAGGCUGGUCGACUCCAGCAAUGCCAAGAGAACUGCUUUGAGGCCCUGUGUAGCGCUGCUGGGGCUUUGGUGCCUUUAGUGGAACCCCAGAAGGUGGAGCCUUUGGACGCCUUCAUCAAUGUGCUGGUACAAGAACUUCAAGGGGUCGAUCUUCCGGGAGGAGCGUCCAUGGGCUUUGAGAUGUUGGUGAACGAACUGGGCAAGGUUUGCCAUUCCCGAGCAUGGCGUCAGCACCUUCGAGAUUUGGGCGUGCCCAAUUUGGUCAUUGCGAGGAUGAAUCAAGCGCGCGACAACAAGCGGGCCAUGAAGUACUCCAUUUGGCUGGCCUCCUCCUUGUUGGGUAUGCCUUUCCUGGCACAGGAGCUACAGCAACACUUGGACUCCGAAACCACGGUGGACGCGUGCCUUUGCACCAUGGUGGACAUUUUGGAUGAAGACGUGGAAGGUGAGUGGUUCCUGCGACACCAACAUGCUGAAAUGCAGCAGCAGCUACAGGCCUGCGACCUUCAGCAUCUCAUGGAUUUGAUCUUGCAAGGCAUGGAGCGUCACCAGGACGAGCCCUACGUCCAAGCAAGAGGCUGUCAUUGCUUGGCCUUGGUCGUAACCGCACGUGACCAGAUGAAGACGACCCGCCUCGACCUUCCACAGGAGUUGCUGCUGCGUUUGGUGGUCAUCACCGUGGAGGCCUUGCGCAAGGGACAGGUCGCCAGUGCUGUGCGAGAUAGCGCUUUCCUGCUGCGCACGAUGUUGGAGCCUUCCAAUCCGUGGGGCGAGGGAGAGGCAGCCGCAAAACUUCGGGAGGAACACGCGCGGCAGCUGCUUGCUCAGGAGCUUCGUGCCAGAGGCGUGCAAGAAGUGCUUCUGGCGCAGCUCCACAGCUAUGCGUACAUGACGACUGACAGGCAUACGGAGCUGCUGGAAGGCCUUCUGGCCUGCUUGAUCCACCUCGGGGGCCCUUGGGCUGCACUGGGCCCCUUGGCCGCGGUGGAGGCACGUGAACCCUUGGCCAAAGCCUGUGGACUCAAGGUGCUCUUUGAGAUGGGAAAGGAGGAACCCAGUCUCCUACAACGAACUGUGGCUCCCAACGGUGCCACGGGGCCGGAAAGCCUGGUGGCCAUCAUCAAUGAAUUCCUGGAGAAGGAUCCUGAGGAUUCCAACCUCCGCCGCCAUGCGCAACUUCUGUUCGGGCUUUGCGAAUGGGUGGCCGUGAGGAAAUCGAUUGAUGCUUGAGACAUCGUAGAACAUCGUAGAACAUCGUAGGACAUGUGGGCUGCGCAGAAGCUGGAGGUCGAUGGAAGCAGCCAAGUGAACUGCGUU